AGUGACAUAUUUUCUAUAUGUGAAUAUAUUUCUAAAACUUAAUAAAAAUUAGUGAUAAGUCAUCAUAAAGUACUUAUUUUAAAAACAGUUCUUCUGGAAUGUGGCUAAUAUGUAAGUUGAAGUCAUUCCGUAAGUCUAAUGACAUUUGUCUUCUUAAAGGAUCUCUUUAAAUACAUCCUCCAAGUCUCUGAGUGGUAUUCAUUUUUAUUACAAAUAAUAUGUCUGUUUACAUAACUCUCAGACAUCUGAAGAGAAACAAUAAUCUGAUCAACUCUCUUUCACUUCACCUCAGUUUAGACGCAGAAAUCUAUCUUUUUCCAUUGGAAAUGUGUAUGUGCCUGUAGGGACACCAGAGCUCGUGGGAGCAGGAUUCCCAAACCAAUUCUUCAUGUUUUCAGCCACAGGAGAGUGGCUUUUAAAGAGAUGGCAUCUUCAUAAAGUUGUCCAGGAGCUAAAGCCACCAAUAAAAGGCCAGUGAGGAGGCACACAUUGCCUGAAAGCGGUUGGAUGACCAAACUGCUGUUUGAGCAGGCUUUCUCUAGAAUGUUAUUGGACCCUCAGAUGUGAGUUUAUGAAGACCCUGAAGACAACUGAUGUCAAAAGAGCAUGAGCCAAUUAGAGUGUGGGUCAGCUGAGCUCACAGUAGGUCAGCUCAGGUCUGUCUCUGGCAGGAAGGUUGACCAGAGAGUAUUCCUACUUUGAUUGAUAUAGACAUAUUCCAGUUCCAGGCCCCCUGCCAGUCAUGGUAUUAUCUCUCAACAACACAGGGACCCAGGUGAAUGAAUUCUUGAUGAUCUGCUUCCCAGGAAUGCAGGACACACAGCACUGGCUAUCCAUAGCCCUGGCUCCCCUCCUGGUUUUGGCCCUUGGGGCCAACUUUAUGUUAUUACUAGCAAUCUGGCAGGAAGCAUCACUACAUGAGCCCAUGUACUACCUGCUUGCCAUCCUCUCCCUGCUGGAUGUCAUCCUCUGCCUCACGGUCAUCCCCAAGGUCCUGCUCAUCUUCUGGUUCAACAUGAAGCCCAUCAGCUUCGCCGGCUGCUUCCUGCAGAUGUUCAUCAUGAAUACAUUCCUUCCCAUGGAGUCCUCCACCUUUCUGGUCAUGGCCUAUGACCGCUAUGUGGCCAUCUGCCACCCGCUGCGCUACCAGUCCCUCAUCACUGAACAAUUCGUCAUUAAGGCAGCCAUUUUUAUUGUCUUGCGAAAUUUCCUGGCUACACUGCCCACACCAGUUCUGGCUGCCAGGCUCAACUACUGUGCCAGCAAUGUGGUGGAGAACUGCAUCUGUGCCAACAUUUCCGUGGCACAGCUCUCCUGUGGGGAUAUUCACCUAAACAAGCUCUACCAGCUUGUGAGUGUUUGGUGCCUCCUGGGCUCCGACCUGGUGCUCACCUUGCUGUCUUACUGCUGCAUCCUGAGUGCGGUUAUGCGCCUGCAGUCAGCGGGUGCGGCCACCAAGGCUCUGAGUACUUGCGGUUCCCAUCUCAUUCUUAUACUGUUCUUCUAUACAUUGCUGCUGGUCUUCAUCUUCACAAACAAGGCGGGACAGAAGGUGCCCUCAGAGGUACCCAUUCUUCUCAAUGUCUUGCAUCACCUUAUCCCACCAGCCCUGAACCCCAUUGUUUAUGGAGUACGAACCCAGGAAAUCAAGCAAGGAAUUAUCAAGCUACUCAAGUACCACUAUUAAGAGGUGAGAGCUAAAGAUCCGGGAUUAGAGAAGUCUGGGCAUGUAUUAGUGAUGGUUUCAUGUGAAUGCCACAAGGAACAUAGCAUGGCAUCCAUGCUGCCACCCUCAUCUAGAACGUAAACCUUUCUCAGCCACUGUCACAAUACUGACCCUCACCAC